AUGGCGGCCAUGGCGGCCGUCAUCUUGGUGCUGUCGGUGGCCUGCGGACACCCGCUUGGUAACAUCCAUGUGCACCCUGAGGCCACAGCGAAGAACGGCAGGAUUGCGUUCGUGCGUGCCACGGGCGGCCGCGACCCCGCCCUCUGGACCAUGCUGCCCGACGGCUCCGACAUGCGGCAGCUCACCCCCAGCUCUGGCGACAUGGAGGUGCAUCCCAGCUGGUCCCCCAGCGGCGACCGGGUGGCCUAUUCUGGGCGCCACGACGGCGUGUGGAAAAUAUGGGAGGUGCAGGCCGACGGCACGGGGCUGCGCCGCCUGACCGACGGCCCUCCCGGCGCCGCCAUCAUGGUGCCCGCCUUCUCCCCAGACGGCCGCUUCAUCGUGUUUGAGGGCACCGAGGCCGACGGCUCCACCACCGUGUGGCGGGCAGACGCGGCAGACGGCGGCAACGCCACGCGCCUCACCCCCGCCGACCAGUCGCCCUCAAUCACCGACAUGGGUGCCAAGCCCUCCCCCGACGGCCAGCUCCUGGCCUUUGCCAGCGACCGCGGCAAUGCGCCGGGCCAGUACGACGUGUGGCUGAUGGAGGGGUGGCAGCAGGCGCCCGACGGCCCCGGCGUGCGCCUGCACCGCCUCACCGCCGGCGCCAACAACACCCUCUCCCGCUCCUGGGCACCCGACAGCCGCCGCCUGGUGCUCAACAGCAUGCGAGGCGGCGUGGGCCGCAUCUGUGUGGCAGAUGUGCCGGCGGCGGAGGCAGCGCUGGAUGCGCUGGCUGCCCCGAUCGAUGCCGCGCGGCUGCUGUGCCUCACCAACACCACCAGCACGCCCAAUGGGCCCUGGUCCCCAGGCGGCAUGUUCCCCACCGUCGACGGCGACGCCACCCCCGCCUGGUCACCUGACGGCUCCCGCAUCGCCUUCUCCAGCAACCGUGCAGGCAGCUUCGAGAUCUUCUCGAUGGCGGCAGACGGCAGCGACGUGCGGCGGCUGACGUUCACCCCCCGGGAAGACGCAGCAGCGGGCGACCAACACGUCACCCUGGUGUUGGCUGCUGCUGCGGCUGGGAUUGCCUAG